AUGUCACGGGUAUUGCUGUUGACUUCACUAGUGAAAGAUUUCAAUGCUAUUUUCAAGGGUAGAUGCUGCUGUUAUUCCAAAGACCCGCUGGAUCAGGUUGAGUCUUGGGGAGAGUCAGUGGACAGACUUCUGGAAUGCAAAUCUGGUCAGACAGCCUUCAGGGAGUUUCUGAAGACAGAGUUCAGUGAGGAGAACAUCCUGUUCUGGCUGGCCUGUGAGGAGUAUAAGAAAAUAAAAUCAACAGACGAGAUGGUUGCCACAGCAAACAGAAUCUAUGCAGAGUUUGUUGAAGUCGAGUCCCCUAAACAGAUUAAUAUUGAUUGUGGAACACGAGAGACCAUCACAAAACACAUUUCCCAACCAAACCUUGAAUCAUUCGACAAGGCACAGCGAUUAAUAUAUGGCUUGAUGGCAAGGGACUGCUACCCACGUUUUUUGAAAUCUGACAUCUACCAGGCACUUUUGAGAAGAUCACAAAAAAGAUGACUUCCUGUUAACAACCAUCCAGAAGUGCGCUUUUUCUCUUUUUACAGGUUCUUUGAUUAAUUUCUUUUAUAUGGUAACUUUGGUUAUAUGUGUGAUUAAUUUCUGCUUCAGACAACUUAUAGAAACUGAUCAUGUGUACAGUGCAGAACUUUGUAAUAUGCCAAUACACAAUUGAUCAAAACAAAAGUGUAAAUAUGCUAUGGAUCAUUUUAGUGUUUAUUAAAUA